CUCGCCUAUUCCGAACCAGUCUAUAUAUCGGGGUCAUUUCCAAGCUUUUUAGCAGCCGGCGCGCAUACGUCAAAAAAAAAACGUAAGUUAUGUUUUAGUUUUAUAUCUAAUGCAUUAAAGUAGUAACUCAUUGCUGGUAAAUGUUCAAGUUAUUCUUAUAUAAUCCAUACUUGCAACAUGUCCAAAUGCCGUAUUUUUUCUGUAUGCGUAAAUCUGACGAAUGUAAACAAAGAAAUCAGAUUCAAGAGGCGCUUGCGUUUCAGUUAUUUGACGAAAUGAAACGAAAUGGGUAUUAAAAAGAAGGAAUUUUUACGCUCUUUCCAGACAUAUAUGCCACAUAUAAAACAACUUGACCAUUAAGAUGCAUAAAAAGGAAAUAUAGCUGGCAUACAUUGUGCCUAUUCCCAAUCACACAUUUUCAGUUACGUUCUGCUGAAUGUUGUUUAAAGAUCGCAGAAAAAAAUGUUGGUUGUGUCCAAAAUAUUAAUUUAUGUUAUUAAGCCCCCCAUGAGUGGUGGGGGCAUAUAGAUUUGGUCUUGUCCGUGUGUCCGUGCGUCCGUCUUUUCGUCCGUCCGUCCGAAGUUCGUGAGGCACUUAGCUCAAUAAGUGUUUCAUAUAAAUUGAUUAAACCUUGCAUGACUCUAUCAUGAAAUGAACUUGUGCACCUCAUAUCUUUCGUCUAGCUCCGCCCCCUAUUUCCAGAGUUACCGCCCCUGAAGUAGUAAAAACGAUGCAUUUUUUACCUUGUGACGCGCCUAGCUCAAAAAGUACUUGAUAAAAAUUGAUGAAAAUUUGCUUGAGUCCUUAUCAUGAUAUAAAAUUGAGCACCUAUUAUUUUUCGUCUGGCUCUACCCCUUAUAUUGUUGAAGUUAUGGCUCCUGAAAUAGUAAAAAUGCACAUUUUCACCUAAUGACGUGCCUAGCUCAAAAAGUAUUUGAUGUAAAUCCAUGAAACCUUGCAUAAGUCUUGACCAUGAUGUGACCUUGCACACUUGGCAUUAUAUAAAUUCCAGAAUAAUGCAUUAGCGGACCUAUGUACAUAUUAUUUUAAAUAAUAAUAUUUUUUAUUUCAGAUGGGAAAACCUAAAAGAAAGACAUGCCAAAGCCCUGCACAAGUUUCUGCAACAAAAGUGAGAAAGAAAUAUCUGUCACCAGCAAAGAAAGCCAAGACUGCCAAAUCUCCAGGGAGAGCGAAACGGGCACUAUAUAAGGUAGAAAACGAUAACAUUUCUUUAAGAAAAGCAGCUAAAGAUAUGAAUAUUUCCUAUUCUUUCCUUCAAAGGAGGGCCAGUGGUGCGGUGGACAUUGAAAGUAAAAAUGGACGUAAACCUGUGUUUACAAAAGCAGAGGAAGAAAAAAUGGCCCAUUACUUAUCUGAAAUGGCUGCUCGAGGUAUGGGUUUGAGAACAACAGAAUUUCUGAACUUUGUAGGAAAUAUCAUAAUAAAAGAAAAGCGCCCUAACCCAUUUACAGACAACACACCUGGCUAUAAAUGGUACAGAGGGUUUAUGGAAAGAAAUAAACAUAUAGUUGAGAAAAGAACUGAAACACCUUUAGAAGCAUCAAGAGCUAAAGUUACCCCAUCUGUCAUUGACGAGUGGUUUCACAAAUAUAGGAUGUUUAUUUCAGACAACGAGUUACUAGAUAAGCCCGAGCGCAUUUACAAUGCUGACGAAACCGGAUUCACAAUGGGUAGCAAGUCAGGAAAAGUGAUUGGUCCAUCUAAAAGUGUUCAUUCUGGUCCUGUUCCACAUGUCUCUGGAGGCAAAAGUAAAGAACGUGUAACUGUUAUGUACUGCGCCAAUGCAGCAGGCACCGUGAUUCCGCCAUAUUUUGUGUUUGCUAAGCCAAAACCGGUGUCAUAUGACCACCUUGCAGGUACAGCAAAAGGUUCAGAUGCAGCUUACACUGAUAAGGGGUGGAUGGAUGUUCCUACUUUCAAGAAGUUUAUUGGUCAUUUAGAUAAAUAUGGCGAAAAAGAAAGGCCCAUCGUGCUCCUUAUUGAUAGUGUUGGAAGUCAUGUCAACAUAGAGUGUUUUAGUGAGGCAAAAGAACAUGGAAUAGAAAUCUACAGGCUAGUUAAAAAUGCUACACAUAUUAUGCAACCACUUGAUGUUGGCGUAUAUGGUCCGCUAAAAAGUGCGUGGUAUAAACAUUUAAGAGUACAUAACAGGGAACAUCCAGAUGAUCCUGUAUGUAAGAAAACCUUCGCAAGACAUCUACAUGCUGCCUUCAUGGAUUUCUACAAACCCCUCACUGUUCAGCAUGCUUUUACUUCAGCUGGUAUAUUUCCUAUACAGCGCGAAGCUAUUUCUGAUACAAGACUGAAACCUGCUCUGACCUAUGAAAGUUGUCAACAAAGUGACCAAUGCAAUGUGAAUUUGGUCUGCACACCGAGUACACAAGAGUUACAUGUAGAUCAACUGCCACAUGAAAAUCCAACAUCAGGUUUAGAUGUGCUUGUGCAAGCGGUGGAUAUAGUAGGAGCCAGUAAAUCACAGAGUAGAUCUGAAAGUAUAUCACCACAUGUUCAAGAAGCAAUUAAACUACCUGUUGUUAAGGAGAGUAAAAAGAAACAAGUUAGACUUAGUGAUAAACUGGCCGACCACCUGACAUCAGGCGAAUCUUUGAAAACAGCUGGCUUGAAAUCUCUUGAAAAAGUUGAAGCGUUUGCAAAAAAAGAGAAGAAGGCAAAAGAAAAGUAUCUGCGUCAGAUAAGCAAAGAAACAAAACGCACCCAAAAAAGUGGAAAAUGUAAAAGCAGUAAAGUUAAACAAACACCUGAACCAAUACCAGUCACUCAGUCCUCUUUAGUCGUACUAUGUGUAUUAUGUCAAACUGAUGAUCCGAAUAUUAAGCAGUGGAUAGCGUGCGACGUAUGCGAUUCCUGGCUCCACGUACAGUGCAUUCCUGUAGAUCACCAGUGGGAUAGAACUGCAUUGUCCGAGCAGUCUGUCCAGUUUGUAUGCCCAAAAUGUGUAUUGCUUGACUGAGAGCAUAAUUAUAUACUUGUAACAUCGAAUAUGAGCAUAUGAUGUGAAUUGUUGAAAUGCAAAACGUUGUAUAAUUUACCAGUUUAUUACUUGUUCAAGUGUUAAGUUGUUUACAGUAGACAUGAUAGUUAGAAUCCUUAAACUGAAUUAAUAUGUUAUAGAAAUUAUCUCUCAUAUUUGUUGAUUGUCUUUAUUUGUACUGCUAGUCAAACUUGAUCUUAAUAUAUGAAUCAAUGUUACAUAACAUGUCGGGUUAGUUUUUAUAAUUUUGAAAACUUAAAAAAGAAACGUUGUGUAGUAGGGUAGAGUAUAAGGGCGAACUUAUACUGCAUUGCUAUUGAAUAAGCUUUUAUAGCGACGUGUACCUAGAAUGUCCGCCUUAGGUGUGAGGGGUCCCGGGUUUGAUUCCCGGUCAGGCCGGAAGUAUUUUCAGUCUGUUACAAUUGUGAAUUCAUUUAUUUUUUAGGAUCACAAGGAUGUCGAUGGAACAGAGACGAUGGUAACAAUCAAGAAUUGUGUUAUCAAGGGAUACCAUGAUUUUAAAAUAAGACCGCCGUUGCUGUUAACCUUACGAGUAGAUAGAGAGUACACAAACAUCCAUGAUGUCAGUGCAUGUCUAGUAUGGCUCCCGGAUACCGUUAGUGGUGAUCAGCUAAAUCUUGAGACAGAUUCUAAAAGAGG